CUCGUGAGUCGUGAGACACUGAGGCCGGCCGGCGUACGUGCUCCCUGCACAGCGGCCGUGAACAAUUUUCCAAGGAGAUGCAAGGAAAAAAAGAAUCAACAGUUAUGGAAGCAGCAACCACCAACAUUUUCUACCGUCCCGUCAUCUUCUUCUCCGUGCUCCUUUGUUUCCAAUACCGUGCCGCCGGCGUUGCAUCGGACACGCUCAGCAAUGGCCGCAACCUCACUGAUGGCGACACGCUCGUGUCAGCCAAUGGCUCCUUCACUCUGGGGUUCUUCUCACCCGGCUUGCCAAGCAGGAGAUACCUCGCGAUAUGGUUCUCCGAGUCGGCGGACGCCGUCUGGGUGGCCAACCGCGACAGCCCACUGAACGACACCGCCGGCGUAGUGGUUAUCGAUGGCACGGGCGGGCUCGUCCUGCUCGACGGCGCCGCCGGCCAGGCCGCCUGGUCGUCGAACACGACUGGCUCGUCUCCAUCGGUGGCGGUGCAGCUGCUCGAGUCUGGGAACCUCGUCGUGCGCGACCAGGGCAGCGGCGACGUGCUGUGGCAGUCGUUCGACAACCCGUCGAACACCCUGAUCGCCGGCAUGAGGCUCGGCAGGAACCCACGGACCGGCGCCGAGUGGUCCCUCACGUCGUGGCGCGCGCCCGACGACCCGGCGACGGGGGGCUGCCGCCGCGUGAUGGACACGAGAGGGCUAGCGGACUGCGUCUCGUGGUGCGGCGCCGGCAAGAAGUACCGCACGGGGCCAUGGAACGGGCUGUGGUUCAGCGGUGUCCCGGAGAUGGCAUCGUACUCGUCCAUGUUCGCGAACCAGGUGGUGGUCAAGCCCGACGAGAUCGCCUACGUCUUCACCGCCGCCACCGCCGCGGCCCCCUUCUCCCGCCUCGUGCUGAGUGAGGCCGGCGUGAUCCAGCGCCUCGUGUGGGAUCCCAGCAGCAAGGGGUGGAACACGUUCGCGCAGGCGCCGCGCGACGUAUGCGACGACUACGCCAAGUGCGGCGCGUUCGGGCUGUGCAACGUGAACACCGCGUCGACGCUCUUCUGCAGCUGCAUGGCGGGGUUCAGCCCGAUGUUCCCCUCCCAGUGGUCCAUGAGGGAGACCUCCGGUGGUUGCCGGAGGAACGCGCCGCUGGAGUGCGGCAACGGGAGCACCACGGACGGGUUCGUGCCGGUGCGCGGCGUGAAGCUCCCCGACACGGACAACGCCACGGUGGACACGGGCGCCACGCUUGACGAGUGCAGGGCGAGGUGCUUCGCCAACUGUUCCUGCGUCGCCUACGCCGCCGCGGACAUCCGAGGCGCCGGCGGCGGCAGCGGAUGCGUGAUGUGGACGGGUGACGUCAUUGACGUUCGGUAUGUCGACAAAGGGCAGGAUCUCUAUUUGAGGCUGGCAAAGCCUGAACUAGUUAACAAUAAGAAGAGGACUGUGAUAAAAGUUCUGCUCCCAGUUACAGCAGCAUGUUUGCUUCUGCUGAUGAGCAUGUUCCUUGUGUGGUUACGCAAGUGCAGAGGCAAACGUCAGAAUAAGGUUGUCCAGAAAAGGAUGCUAGGAUACUUGAGUGCAUUAAAUGAACUUGGUGAUGAAAAUUUAGAACUCCCGUUUGUCAGUUUUGGAGACAUUGCUGCUGCAACAAAUAAUUUUUCUGACGACAACAUGCUCGGACAAGGUGGCUUCGGAAAGGUUUAUAAGGGCAUGCUGGGUGAUAACAAAGAAGUGGCAAUUAAAAGGCUUAGCAAGGGUUCUGGACAAGGAGUAGAAGAGUUCAGAAAUGAAGUUGUUCUAAUUGCCAAAUUGCAGCACAGGAACCUCGUUAAACUUCUUGGCUGUUGCAUACAUGGAGAUGAGAAGCUGCUAAUUUAUGAAUACUUGCCAAACAAAAGCUUGGAAGCUUUCAUUUUCGAUCCUGCAAGUAAGUAUGCUCUUGAUUGGCCAACAAGGUUUAAGAUAAUCAAAGGAGUAGCUAGAGGACUUCUUUAUCUCCACCAAGACUCAAGGUUGACAAUAAUUCAUAGAGAUCUCAAAUCAAGCAACAUCUUGUUGGAUGUGGAUAUGAGCCCUAAGAUAUCUGAUUUUGGUAUGGCAAGAAUCUUCGGUGGCAACCAGCAAGAAGCCAAUACUAACCGAGUUGUUGGAACAUAUGGUUACAUGUCUCCUGAAUAUGCAAUGGAUGGCGCCUUUUCAGUCAAGUCCGACACAUAUAGCUAUGGUGUUAUACUCUUGGAGAUUGUAAGUGGUCUGAAGAUUAGCUUACCUCGGCUGAUGGACUUUCCCAACCUAUUAGCUUAUGCAUGGAGCUUAUGGAAGGAUGACAAGGCCAUGGAUUUGGUGGAUUCAUCCAUUGCUGAGAGUUGCUCAAAAAUGGAAGUUUUACUAUGUAUCCACAUAGGGCUGUUGUGCGUGCAAGAUAAUCCAAAUAAUAGGCCACCCAUGUCUUCUGUUGUUUUCAUGUUAGAGAAUGAAGCUGCAGCGCUUCCAGCUCCAAUACAACCUGUGUAUUUUGCACAUAGGGCCUCUGGAGCCAAACAAUCAGGAGGAAAUACCAGCAGCUCUAAUAAUAACAUGAGCCUCACGGUAUUAGAAGGACGGUAGAUUUACUUUUUGCACGCAAAGGCACAAAGCGUUUCCUUUGGACAAGUCCUGUAAUCGGAUUGUGGAUUUCCAUAAAAUUAAUAGAAACAAGAGACAUAUACUCCCUCCA